CAUAGAGGGCGGAGUCAUUAUGCGUUUCUAUCUAUAUAAAUAUAUCGAUUAAAGCUUCUUCAAGCCAAUGGUUUUUCUGAAAGCAAAAGGUGAUGUAUUAUUUCAGAGUCGUGUCGAUACAAUUGUAACUGUAUUUGAAUGAAAUUGAUAACUAUCAGCAUUUUAAAACUUUACUGAAAUAUGUAUGAAAAGAGGUGGUCAUGUUGUCAAACACCCUGAAGCCCGGGGGACUUUUCAACAUGCUAAACAGUUCGUUCGACAUUAAAGCUGUUUUGUUUGGGUAUGUUUAUAUAGUAAUCAAUUACCACAAAUGUAUACAUACAAUUUAUAUUGAAAGGGCAUGGUAUGUAGUUACUUUAUAGGGUGUGCUGAAUUAUUGCUAUAAAACAUAUUUGUUCAAUAAGUCUGCUAAAAUGUCUUCCAUUCACUGUUGAAAUGCAUGGUUUGGGUUUUCGAAAUCCAGCGACUCCUGUACAUGUAUGUGUAUCUCGAGAGUACUGAUAAAGUAAUGAGAUUUGAAAGUACAGCUGUACAUUUUUUAUUUAACAAACAUUUGAAACACCUUGGAUAUUGAUACAUUGUUGUGUUUUUUUUUCUUUAUUUAGAUAUUGACAAUGCCCCGUGCUUCUGGCACGUUAAUACAUUGUUGUGUUUUUCUUUAUUUAGAUAUUGAUGCAUUGUUGUGUUUUUCUUUAUUUAGAUAUUGAUGCAUUGUUGUGUUUUUCUUUAUUUAGAUAUUGACAAUGCCCCGUGCUUCUGGCACGUUGAUGCAUUAUUGUGUUUUUCUUUAUUUAGAUAUUGAUACAUUGUUGUGUUUUUCUUUAUUUAGAUAUUGAUGCAUUAUUGUGUUUUUCUUUAUUUAGAUAUUGACAAUGCCCCGUGCUUCUGGCACGUUGAUACAUUGUUGUGUUUUUCUUUAUUUAGAUAUUGAUGCAUUAUUGUGUUUUUCUUUAUUUAGAUAUUAACAAUGUCCCGUGCUUCUGGCGCGCUGUUGUAUCUUUGUCUAGUUGCUGCGUUGACUACAGAAGGAUUCGGAAGACGGCGCGAAGAUAAUUGGAAAUUAGUAUUUCACGCAGUUAAAGGUAAUGGGAAAGAUGUUCGUGACGCCUGGAAUGCGAAGUCACCAUCGGUUUGCACAACCGAUAAUGGUUGUAUUCCACCUGGUUUUAAGUUGAAUUUCUGGAGGGAUAAAAUGAAACAUCUGCGGAGUCCCCUUCUCGACCAGUGGGAUUCACUCAGAAUCCAAAAGAUACGGGUUGUACUUGGUGGAAAGGGGAAAACAUUAGCGUUCUUAGAAUUUGAUGGGAGUGGAAGCAACAUGCUAAACUGGUUUAGCAAAUCCAGACUUCUUGAAAGUAGUUGGUCCGAUCUCAAGUCCUCGAGAUCCAAUUUUUUUUCAAUUAAAGGACACGACAGAGAUGGGAGACGUCCCAUCAAAAGACAUUUUUUUGCCAACAAAAGGUAUACAUCAUGCCUGAAUGCUGUGGGGUGGUUUGUUGUUAUAGACAGACCAGAUGGUUGUUUCUGGACGAGGAGCGAGAAAACCCCACUAUUUUUGUUUAGCAUGGACUCAAAGGCUGCUAAAUGGAACCAAUGCCCCGGACUCGCUGAAGUCAUGAAUAUUUACAUCCUGCAAACGUAACAGUGUGGAGUUCUUGAGCAAUCUAUGAAACAUCCUGAAUGUUGUGAUGUAUGCUCAACCAUGUUAUGCCUUACCGAAUAAAUGCAUAUCAAAAACCAUUGUGUUCAUCAUCUUUUUCGUCAUAUUUUCUUUGAAUGGUUGAAAGGGUGAAAGUAACUAACAGCGAUCAAUCUAAUAAGUCCAAUAAAAAAUACCUAAUUAAGUGUAGGACAAAUACAAACCAUUGCACACUCUCUAUACAGACAUAUAGAGCAUGCGCAGUUCUUGAGGCUUACAUUGAUACGGUUGAAGAAUAAAUUGACGUUAUCCUUUCAGAACCAAUUUAAAUGACGAUAAGUUCAACAAAACAGAAAUAUUGAUACAAACAAUGAAAAUCUGGGACAAAAAUGUUACAGAGUCAUACAAAGGUUCUGCUGGUGUUGUUAUGGACACGGGUGAGUACUUCAAAGCGGUUCAUUGACAACUCUCGGACGAAUGCUUUUAUAAAAGUUACAGUCUGAUCCUAGCAACUUCUCUGCCAAGUUCUACAAAACUCUCCAGGACAAUGUACAAAGAGGUCGAAAUCGCUGAGACCGAAACAAUUCAAUAAUACAGAAAUACAAUUUAAAUAGCAAUCCACUUUGUGCAUCCAACACUUUUAGGCUUUGGGGUUUGGUAGAAUUCAAUGCAACAUAUAGAUGGAUAGAUAGAUAGAUAAGCACGCAUCAACACCCUACUUUCUUAAAGUGUCGCGUACUCGCGGAUCUAACAUCUAAUUUUAAUUAGAUUCCUAAAAUGAAUGAUUUUAAUUUGAUGUUUCAGUCGUGUUCUUUAUAUGGUCGUAUCUUUAUUCUAAGUUAUCUAGCUUUUCUGUUUGUGUCAAGUUAAAUGGUUCUUUUUGCAGAACAGGUGGUUGGGAUUGACAGACAGAUUGACCUAGGUACCUGAUCCCACUUCUGGAAUGUCCAGUGGUCCAUGUUUGCCCAACUCUCUAUUUUGUAUUGCUUAUAGGAAUUACAUGUAUGGGAUGGAUCGCUGUCUGUUAUCUUCAACUUUCACAUAGAAAAUGUAUUGAAAGAAAUGAACAAACAUUGUCGGUCAAAUUGACGAAUCAUCUCGGUCAUUGGGUAGAGCCAGGUUUUUGGGGUACUGUUUAAAGGACACAUCGCAUGUUUCUAAACUUUUUUUUAUUUUUUCAGCAAAUUAAUUCUUUUUAUGCCUAAAACUACUUUAAAUGUGUUUUAAAUGAAAUAUUUUGCGUAGUUUUCGAGUUUGAAAGCGAUUCAAAUCUUGCCAUAUGCAAAUUUUCUUUCGCUAGUUUACGCGCCAUUAUGUGUGACGUCAUAUGCGCCCUCGGGUUUGAAAACAUUUAUUAGCC